AACAAUUCUGCCACUCUACAACCCCCAAUUCGAAUCACACAAUCAACUUCCUCAAUCAACUCACCCCCAGCAACCGCAAUCAUGCCCGUGGUUGAACAGAUCAAGAACAAGGUCGAGAACAUCCUGCACAAGGACUCCAACACCACCGGCACCACUGGCACGACGGGCACGACGGGUACGCAUACAGGCGUUACCGGCUCGCAUACCAACACUGGCCUCGGCCAUUCUGCCAACAAUGAGCACGCCAGCCUGCUAGACCCCGCUGGCCGCACUGGAGAGACGACAUAUGGCAACACUGGCCAUGCCACUACUGGAACUCACACUGGCGCUCACACCGGCACCCACACCGGUGCUCAUACCCACUCUGCCAACAAUGGACCGCACGACUCUGCUAUUGCGAACAAGGUCGACCCACGCGUUGACUCGACGACCGGCACGACUGGAGGCUAUGGCAACCAAGGCCUGACGGCUCACUCUACCGCCACAGGGGCUCCUCACUACAGCCAUGCCGCGAACACCGUCGACCCUACGGUGAAUACCGGCCAGUCGACUACCCACUCCGGAGGCCUGACCGGAAACACCCACUCCGGCGGCCUCACUGGCAACAGCGCCACGCACACCUCUCACACUGCCAACAACGGCCCCCACGAUACCGCUAUAGCGAACAAGCUCGAUCCCCGUGUCGAUUCCACGGCUGGGACCUAUUCGUCAAACACUCACACCGGCACCGCCACGGGAGGCUACGACGGCACCCACGCUGGCGGCCUGACCGGCGGCAACACCACGCACACUCGCACCGCCAACAACGGCCCGCACGACUCUGCUGUUGGCAACAAGCUCGACCCGUGCGUUGACUCUACGACUGGCGGCUACGGCAACACCCACACAGGUACGACCGACGGUCUUACCGGCAACUCAGGCACCACCGGCGGCCUUACCGGUCACUCAGGUACCACUGGCCGCUACGGCGACACCCACACAGGUGGUCUUGCCGGUCACUCAGGCACCACGGGUGGUCUUACCGGCCAUUCAGGCACCACUGGCGGUCUCACCGGUCACUCUACCACCGCCCACGGUGUCCCAACCCACAGCCACACUGCCGGCGCGCCGCAGUACAGCAACGAGCUUCCCGGCCCUGCAUUCAACACUGCCGGCCCGCACAAGUCGGACUUGCUCAACAAGGCCGACCCCCGCGUUGACUCUGACCUGGAUGGCUCGAAGACUACUGGCGGCAACAAGACCUACGCCUCUGGUCAGUCUGGCCAAACUGGCCAGUACUAGACUGCUGGUCUAGCUUUGGUUCAUGACUUCUCCUUUGUUUCUUUCAUGACGGCGAUGACAUCGGGAUGGGAAUGGAUGCUCCCUGCUACGGCAGAAGAUGCGGAUAAGGCAUUGUAUUAGUAGUACCAAUCAGAACGAUUCUGAAAACACC